AUGGGGAACAAAGUAUAUAUCAUAAAAUCUGCAGACAACUCAAUUUUCAAUUAGAAUCAACCACUAGAAGAUUAAUUUGACAGUCUAGGAGGAUAAUCUUUCCCUCAUAUCGAUCGAGUUGAACUUUAUAAAUUAAAAAGAGAGAAUACUAAAUAUGCUACAAUCUUUGAAAAAAGACAUUCGAAUACUGCAACUGAUGAUGAAGGUCCAUUGCUAGAACUUCAUGAAUAACUUAUGCUUCUUAAACAUAGCCAUCUGGUUAAAUACUAUGGUCUUUGUAUUGAUCCUAAUCUAACUACGAAUUUAUAAAUGAGCAGAUGGUUUUAUGAGGCUGUGUAUAAAACCUUAAAAUAGGUGUGUGGACAUCAUUUUUCAAAUAAGAGUUACAUUCCAGAAAGACAAUUAUGGAAGAGCCUUCACGAAAUAUUAUUAGCCUUACAUUUUCUCGAUGCAAGAUAGAAAUGGCAUACUCACAUUUAACCUGAUUCGGUCUAUUUGGAUAAAAACGAUUCUAUCAAACUGAUUCCCAAAGGAGUUUUAAGACUUAUGAGUGGAUAUCAAGUUGUACUUACAGGAAAAGGAUAAGCAUUGCUAUCUCCUUAAUAGAUGGAAGGUUUGAAAUAAAAGCUAGAAAUUCCAAUUCAUGACAUUCAAAAGUCUGAUGUUUUUUCAUUAGGAAUGACAUUCUUGGAGUUGAUGACAUUAAAGGAUAGUUUUGAGUGUUAUAAUUAUGAUCUUCAUAAUCCAUACAUUAAAGAAUAAAUAUUUUAGGAGAGACAAUUAGAAGUUUAACAUAUAGGAUAUUCGACUGAUUUAGUCAGAAUAGUCUUGACUAUGUUAUAAUAUGAAGAAAUAGACAGGCCAACCUUUCUUGAAUUAUUAAACUCACAUGAAGUUACCUAGAAUCUAGAACACUCAAGAAAUAAUCAUUUGCAGCCAACUACUCACACUCCUAAACAAGAAUUAAAGAUCUUUUAAAAUAGAUUCCCAUCAAAUUCUUCAAAUUUAGAAUUAGUUUAACCAAGCAUCCCUAUUACUAAUAAUCAAUAAUAAAUACAGUCAUCUCCUAUUAGGAUAUAAUCAUAAGUAGUUCCUCCUUAAUAUUUACCUAUCAAUAAUCCUAAGUAGCAAGAAGCAGAUCGUUUAAGAUAGGAGUAGAUUUUAAGAGAGUAAUAAAUUUAAUAGCAUUUACAAUUAUAAUUAAGAUAAUAAUAAUAAUUAUUACAACAAUAAUAAUAAUAAUAACAAUAAUAACAACUAUUAAUUGAGUAACAAUCACAAUAAAUACUUCUUUAUUAAUAAUAAUUAAAUAAUUUAAAGAACCUAGCACCUUAGCCUAAAUUAAAGGAACAGUAAGCUCCGUAAUUACAGGAUUAUAUGAUACAACCAUUACCUACGCCACCAAUUAUUUUAGAUCCUAAUGCAAGAAAUUCAACUGUCGAUGAGUUCUAGGAAAGCCAAGAGCUCAAAAAUAGAAUAAAUUCAGCUUUAGCAUUAUCAAGAUAAGCUAUUAAUAAAUAUAAAUGA